CUCCUCUGCUGCCGGGAACGUGGAUCAGGCCUCUGUCAAUUCACUGUCGUUACCUGCCCGUUUGUUUCUUUGACGGCUGGUCGCUUUGCUUUUCUUCUCCUCUGCCCCCCCUCCGACGGAUGUUCUUCUCUCGUCGCGGCCCAGUUUACGUAGCCUCCCACGUUUUCUCCCGCCGAUCACCUUUCAUCCUGUACAUAAUAAGUCGACUUUCUCGUUUAGCGUCUACUCCGUAGCGUCUUGCCGAACCUCCUUCCCCAACCACACGGACAACGAUGUCUUCGGCCGUUUGAUGUCUCUUUGACUGAGCUCUUGAGAAUUGUGGUCAUAGCUGCCCCCUGCUGCAUCUGUGCUCUGCGUGCAGAUGGAGGUCGGGCUGGGGUCAAAUACUCAAGGUCUCUCGGCGGUAUCUUCGUGAAUGGAAAGCUUUUUGUUGGAAACGUCCGCGUUCUUUGUACAUCUAAAAGCUCUUGCUCCCUCGUCCCUCCCGCAAUCUCUCUCCCUCCCUGUGAGUCUUAUUUGGCUUCCUAUCCGGUGAUAUCAACCACUCGGCCGUACGCAAUGGCAUCGGCUCUGUUCUUCGUGUUCUUGUACGUUCUCACCUUCCUUCAAUCGUCAACUCCAGUCAAAGGGAUUGAAUUACUUUACUGCUCUCCUCUUAAUACUGGAUCCGACUUCGACACUGUUAUCAGUGACUUCCAAUCAAAUGGACGAUGCCGUGAAACGUGUAUCGGUAAAUACUCGUUUGCAAUUCUGCAAGGUAAAUCUUGCUGGUGUUCGGAUGCCGUUCCUGGAGAUAUCACGGAUGUCAGCGACUGCAGCGAUAGUUGCCCUGGAUACCCCAAGGACAAAUGUGGAAGCGUGAGAAAAAGACUCUAUGGAUACAUCCAACUUGACAAAAGACCAACCACCACCAUAGCCGGAUCGACCACCUCGUUGACCACCAACCCUACCAGCUCCGAGACUAGCAGCGUGUCAACUCAGACUAUUCCAGGAGGGAUCGCGACGAUAACGAUCCCAAACAAUACUCCUGUUCACACGUCUGACCCUCAGGCUGGCAGCUCAAACCUUAACGGAGGUCAGAUUGCAGGAAUCGUCAUCGGUUCUCUGGCUGGCUUUGGUAUUAUUAUUGCAUUAAUCUUUUUGAUCGUCCGCGCCCAUCGUCGUAGGGAACGACAGCGAUCACAGAGAAACGAGCUUUUUAACCCUUUCCACGAACCGGCAGUCCCAACUCCCGUUUUUCGCCCUCACCUUACUACCGAAAAGCCGCCAGCUCAAUCGUUUCUCCGAGUUCCAAACUCUAGAGACACACGCCUCAAAAAUGGGAUUUACCCAAAUGGAAGCCGCCGUAGUAAUGUGUCUCUGCAGGAUCACCAGGAUUAUUCUCGACCUGUCUUGCGGUUAACCAAUCCCGACCCCCCAAGCUCUGAUUAAUUGGCGGAUUCUUGAUGCGGUUCAGAAGCGCGGCGGCGGGUUCUCGAAACAAGCGUACACGCCACAUUCCACCUUUUGAUACUUGAAACGAAUCUCAUUUACGGUUGUUGGCUUCUCUUUUAUUACAAUGAAACGCAUUUCAGCUAGACGGCGUAGCAGCGCAAGCUUCCAUAUUCGGAUUCCCAAGUUAAUGGCGAUAGUUUUGACUCUCGACUCUAUCUCGCACUUUUCAAAAUUCCCCACCGGAACGAGAUUAUCACCUGUUGUUUUUGAUGCCUCUAGCUAGGGAGAGUCAUCCUAGCAUGUUUCCGUGGUCCAUCGGAAUUUCUUAUUCAUCGUGAUUAUUGAAGAUCUAUUUAUUUUCCUUCCUUCUCUUGUUUCUACAUAGGGCAUUUGGGCGAGACAAAAACAAAAGAGUUUCUACAUUCCGGCGUCGGCGGCAUAGUGAUAGUGAUGGAGGCUCUUCGGGAUGCUCUGGAGUGUUUGGUUUAUUAUUUUAUGGUUCAUAUCUUGUCUUUCACGCCAGGGACCCGGGGGACGCUGGUUUCGAUUUACGACGACGCAGCUUUCGAGGCUCUCGUGUCCUGAACCUGUUGCAUGUACUCUGAUCCGUUUUCCAUUGUUGCAUCCCAUGUUUUCUUCCGAGAUUCACAAGCUUUGGUUUUCUUUAACUGUUAAGAGCAUUGGAAUGGUAUGUGAAUCUCCAAAGAAAAAUGCGACUCCCCUACGUCAUAGCAUGUCUUCGGUAGUCAAUGUGUCAUAGUUGCUAGGGGCAAGGCAGACCCGGCAGAGCUGCGGAAGUUAAAGGCCUUUCCC